AUGAUCAUCAGAAAAAGAAGAGUUUUUGUCAUUUUUAUGAUAGUAAUAUGGCUUUUAGGAAUAAUAUAUUUUAUAUCAGAUUCUGGAUUUCUUCGCAACGAUCCACCGAAGGUAGGUAAUUAUGUUAUUUUUCUUGUAGAUAAAACACACUCCGUCCGUGGCGGGGAAUGCUAUGCGCCAUGGGGAAAUGGGAUAAAAGACUAUUUAACGAGGAUAAUGAUUUAGUUAAACCUGACGACUGUUUUUACAUUACCCGGAAAAUUGAUUGGUAGUUCGUGAAAAUUAGAGACACUUGAUCGAACAAUGUAUAAAAUGAGGGAGCUAUUAAUUGUUCACCUUAACAUCAGUGUGCCAUGCAGAAGUCAUAUCUGUAUUCCAUGUUGAUAGACUUAUAUCAGCUGGAAGGUCUCUAAUAAAGUGAUUUAAUAAUCAAACAUUGCCCGUAUGAUUUCAUUUAUAAUUUAUCCUUUCCUGAAACGUCCCACAGCGAAGGGUACGUAUUUCCAAAGAAGAGAAAUGGGAGACUUCUAGAGAAGGCUACCGACAAGAUUUCUUGUAAGCUAUGCUGAAAUGAAUUCUAAAUUACUAACGAUGUCAUCAGGCCAAGCUUUCUGAAGUAUGGUUGCGCUUUUAAUUCUUAUGUGACGAAAUAAUUUUUGGUGGUUUGGUGGUUUCUUAAAAUGCAUACAAGAACUAAAGAUUUUUUAAAAAACAUUUUGAUUGUUGCUAUAAUGUGUCUCAGUCAAACCUCUAAAUUGUUGAUCUGCAUGUGCAGUGUAAUACAGAUCUAACUAUUACUUAUCUAUUAUAACACGAGAAAUCAGAAAGAAAAAAUAAAAUAAAUAAUUUUCAUUACGGUCAUUUAAUAUUUCUGAAAGGAAAAAACAAACAAUAAUUGUCAAUUAUUAAACAAAGUAAUAUAUUAAUAAUAAAAAUGUAUUUGUACAUUGUUCUCACAAAGCAUUGUUAUGAAUCUAGAGUGCUGCUAACUAUUUCACAUUCAUUUUUAUGGAUUUGUUUGAUAAAGACUAUUAUCAUAAGUAUAGGCUGCCUUAAAUUUAUGUUUGAAAAGUUGGUGUGUCAGGGUCCGAAAUUAACUUUUUAAUACAGGCGCCAACUGGCGAUCAAGUAUGAAUUUUUGGUCGCCAGAGGGCAAAAUUUGUGGUCGCCAAAUAUUCCCCCUCCCUUUUUUUCAAAUAACAGUUACAACACAAAUAAAAAAUGCAUGGUAUGGACGUUUUUAUGCUAAAAAAUUGCACUACUUCCGCUCCUGAUACUAGAAAGCAACUCUAGGGGCCCCACUCACAUAUUUUAAUGACGGGGGGGGUCUGACAGAGGUUCAUAUUUUAUGCCCAAAAAAAUCCUCACUUCAGAAUUUGUCUACCCAAAAAAAUCCCUACUUUUUUUAGCAUACCCCAAAAAAUCCCUCAGUGUUUUUGCAUCAGCAAAUUUUAUUAUUUAACUUCUAGAACGCUAAAACAUAUCAACUUCAACUUUGGUUUUGGUCAAAAACAAAACUAUAAAUUGCGCUUACCGGUAUGUUAUUUUUGAUUUGAGCUGAUGAAAAAUACAAUACCCCAAAAAAUCCCUCUGUUGUUUUUGCGACCCAAAAAAAUCCCAGUGUCUUUCAUAGACCCAAAAAAAUCCCUUUUGGCCAAAAUGUCAGACCCAAAAAAAUCCUUCGGACCCCCCUGUCAUUAAAAUAUGUGAGUGGGACUCCUGGGAAAGCAACCAUACGUGUACGAGUGAAGUCUUAUUUUUUUUCCACAAAUUACUUCUUGGAGAUAUAAAGCUAUCUGACCUAGAACGUAGGAACAGAAAGCUGUCUGCCCAUGAUCGACUGCAAUGAUCAUAAUUAUCAAAACUCUAUCUUCUUCCAAUAGCUACCACGAAACACGAAACACGAAACAUAAACACGAGUCAAGCUGCCAUGUUGCUUGUACCAGGCCACAACUGUGCCACAUUACUCGUACCAGUCAACAAAGUACAUAAAGUACUCACCUUAUUUUUUCUGUCACCGUAUUUCAGCUGUGGAAAACAACAUGGCGGCUUGGAAACGUACAACUCGUAUUGAUCGUAGCUGUUGUGGAGGUAUUAUUACAGGAAGAUUUGUUUCAAUUUUAAUUAAAAAAUAUCAGUGGGACAAAAAGUAAGACACCUGGGCUGAGUUACUCAAAGCAUGGUUAGCUUUAAACAUUGGUUAAGCAGUAUCAAAACCAAUACGUUGUCAAGGUAUUAAACGCUGGUUAACACUAACCAUGCUUCGAGCAACUGGGCCCUGUUGGCAGAUACAUUCGAAGUUUCUCUGAACGUUAAAGUCCACAAUAACAACCAGGUUUACAAGUUGCUAGUUGCCAGCUAUGAAAUUCUGGUCGCCAGGACUGCAUUUUUAGUCGCAUUGGCAACCAGGAAGGCGCAAUUUUGGACCCUGUGUGUGCUGACUUAAUUAACCUGCAGCUACAUAUAGUGGCACAUGUACACUUGGAGUUUCUUCUUAGUAUAGAUUUAUUUUUAUAGCACAACCCUUUUCUCUCCUUUUUAACCGCGGCAGGAUUAUUUCAGUCGGUAGAGCACUUGACUACAGAGCGGAAGGCCACAGGUUUGAUUCCCGGGGCCGAACCAAUACUCAAGGUCUUAAAAUAACUGAAAAAUGCAGGUACUCCCUUUGCACUGCAAGCAGCUAGGCCUUCGCAUGGCUCAGAUGAUCACGUAAAAUGACAGUCCUGUCUCCAGUUGGAGACAUAAGAAUAGUGUCCCCAACUAGUACUGUUGCACUAAAUUCCUUGUCACUCAAAUAAAGUGCAUUUUAUUUUUCUUUUAUACUCUUAUGUUUUCAAUCUUUCUUAAAAAUUUAAUCUGCCGUACAGUAUAAAGUUGAAGAGAAGAUUAAUACAUGGCUUAGAGCCCAGAGCUGUAGGGUUCUAACUGUGGUGUCCCAUUAGGCUAUUAACUUCUGGCUAAGAAAAUAUUCAAGCUGACAAAAUGCUUCCUAGUAUCAUAUACAGCUUCAUAACUACAUGGACAUUAUGGAGUAUCCUUUCUAGGAGUGAGUUUCAUUAGACCACAGCUUUUCAGUUGCUAGUCUACAAAAAUGGUAAACAUUAUUGAUGGAACAUUUUUCAAUUUGACAAGCUUAUUUAUAUAUGUACCAGUAUUAAUUCAAUAACAGUUCUAACAGGUUGAGCACCUGAAACUUAAUGAGCCAAAAAUCUAAUGAAGGCAAUAGUUGCAACAGCAAUACCAAAGUGCUUGAAGGUAUUAAUGGACAGCCAAGUACUGCUUGUAAUGUUAAAGAAAAAAUAGAAAGCAUAUGACAUUAGUUUGUUCAGUAUUUCUUGAAAAUAAUCAACAGCACAGUAUGCAGCUUUCUGUUAUUUCAUGUUAUAAAUUUUUUAUAUCCAAUGUUUGCCACAAAUGGAGAGGUGCUUGAAAACAGACCCCAAGUGGUUACUAAUCUCACUUUAAAUUUGCCCAUUUAUUUGACAAGCAAACAAACAGAGGUCAUUUUUAAUUCUGUGGAGAAUCUGCCAGCUUUAUCAUGGCCUUAUCUCCUGGCACUCACCCAGGUUCAAAUUUAUGUCCUGUGAGCCUAUUUUAUUUUUCAAGAAAUGUCUCUAUUUCCUGGCCUGUAGGACAUAUUUUGGCUUCAAUGACAUCCCCUCCUAAUGCUCAUGUACGUCUUAAUACACUGAAGUGCUUUUUUCCACAUUGUAUGUGGAGGUGUGUGUGGCCGAGUGGUUAACACAUUGAACUCUGAAUCUGAGGUCCAGGGUUCAAGCCUCGCCCAUCGGUUGUUUUCUUAGACAGGGAACUUUACUCCACUUUGUCUCUCUUCACCCAGGUGCAUAAUUGGAUACCGGUGACAUACUGUCAAGGGAUAACCCUGCGAUAGACCAGCAUCCCAUCCAGAAGGGAGUAGCAAUACUCCUGAGUGCUUCAUGCUAAUGAAUUGAAACCAGGGGGCCUUUGUCUUGUGUGCGCCUUUACCUUCCACAUUGUAUAAGGUGUUCCUUUACAGUCCACUCCUCUGCAUCUCCCCUGUGCAUUUUACUGACCUUCGAUCCACAAGAGGGUAGUGUUGAUACCAAUAUUUCCCCUUGGAAGUUAUCCUUUCCUACAUGUUUGUGCUUUAGUAAACAGGUACAUCACAUGAAAUAUGGUUUAAGAGCUGCACUUUUACUUGUUUGCUUGAAUAGUCAAUCCGACACAAAGUCCAUCAAACAUCAGUAUCUUAUUAAGUGCCUGCGAAAUAAUCACCUUUUCCUCUUCUCGAAAGCACAUUUGUCUGACCAGGUCUUCAUUUUAGUUAGACAAACUAGAGUAGUUGUUGACUUUAAUAUAUAUUAAUUUUAAAUUCCUCUUCAUUUCUUCAGCUACAAAAUGAUAGUCUUACUAGCUACAAUCGGCAACAAAAUUGUUGAGACAUUGUACUCAAAUGGGGUAACUUCAGAGAACAAAGCAAUCCACACCUCUUAAUUUGAAGUUGGGGUGUUUCUGUAGGUAAGCUCGAACAGUGGCACAACAUUGCAUGGAGGGGAUGGGGGAGGAAAAGCUAUAUUGUCCCCUUUUGAAGUCUGUAAGACGUCAGAAAGCCCCUUUAGGGGUGAAGUGUCUCAACAAAUUUUGUCACCGAUUGUUGGUAAUGUUCUUUCUGGUCAUCUUGUCACACUACUAAGAUUUUGUUGGACAUGUACAGAUUUUAAUCAGAUAUUGUUCAAUGACUUGUAGUUAUUUGCAGUUCUGUUAUUGUGGGCCACCAGAGCAGCCAUCAAUCCUAAUCUCCAGGUCACUGUUACCCACGCAUGGCACAUAUGUAUAGCCAGCAUUUUUCUUUACUACCACUAAGAAUGAAUGGAGUGCAUUGAGUGUAAUCACGGACCUUGGACCUUGUAUCAUUCACCAUCUGAUCAUACACAUUUUGACCUUCUAUCACCUGAAACUUUUGGAAAGCCCAUCAUUGGGGCAAGAGUGUUUCGACCAUCAAUCUCACCUGCACUCCCUUACCUUUGGUUAUGAAGUACCAGUUAUAGACUAAUUUUUUCCAUGUGUGUACUUUAGUAUGUCCAUGAGGAAAAUGGAGUGAGUAGGCCACCAUUUGAUGAGCAAGCUUAUUUAAGAGGUGGUGCACUGAGGGAAGGAGAGGACAAGUACAAUAGAAAUCAAUUUAAUCAGGCUGCCAGUGAUGCAAUUGGUGGAGAUAGAAGUGUUCCAGAUACAAGACAUUCACAGUAAGGUUUAUAACGCUGUAAUCGGCUACAAAAUUGAAUCAUGAAAAUUAGCUUAGUCUCCCUUUGAUUAACAAGCACACAUAUAAAGCAGAUGAAAGGAACAAUCUUCCAGUAAUAUGAGGCUUAAUCCAAGGCUGUGCUCUAAGGAACAUUGAAAGGAGCCCAGUUCUUUGAACCUGUAAAAUCUAGGCUACGCAGCACAUGAUUUGUAUGAAAAAUCUAAGAUUUUCUGGUCACCCAAGAGCAAAAGUUAGGUGCCAGGGGCCACUAGGCUUUGCUAGAGCACAGCCCUGUAAUCUGUAUGUUAUUACAUCCUAUAAGUGGAUAGUACAUCCUGUCUGACUUAUGAUAACGAAUGAAAUUAACUCAAACCUUCAAAAUGUUUUUGUUUACUUUAUUACUAUGGAAGAUGUCGAUACCAACAGUAUCCUGCAGAUCUUCCAGCAACGUCUGUGAUAAUAACAUUUCAUAAUGAAGGGAGAUCAACACUUCUUAGAACUGUAAAAAGGUAAAUUCUGCAUUUUUCUGUUUCAUUCUCACAGGUUGUUUUUGUGUAUUUGUGUACUUGUGAAUUAUUUGAAGCAGACAGUUUGAAUUUAAUAAAUAAAAUGUAAUACAUUAAUCUCCUUGUGUGUGUGUUUUUUUUUUACUUCCACCAGCAUUUUAAAUAAGAGUCCUCCGAAGUUAAUCAAAGAAAUAAUUUUGGUAGAUGAUUUCAGUGACAAUGGUAAGCAUAAUUAAAUUUGCAGGGUUCAUACAGUCUUGAAAAGUCCUUGAAUGUUAGGGGAGUCCUUGAAAAGUCCUAGAAUUCCGUUUUCCCUUCCAAAGUCCUUAAAUUGUCUUCAACUUUGCGUGUAGUGGCCUGGAUUGUGUUUUUAAUGCUUCUUAUUAAAAGAAGAAGAAGUUAAAGGUGAUUUGCAUAAAACGUUUUUUGUUUUAUGCAAGAAGUACAUGUAUUCAAACUAUCAAAUUCUUUAAGACAGUAAGUGAAUUGAAAAUUUUUCAUUUCAUGUAAAGCACUUCAGGGUUUUUUUUAUAAUUUUAAGAAGUAUAAAUUAAUAAUCAUAGUAUACCAGUAAUACCUGUAAUUAUUCUAGCUGCAGCCACACUAGUGGCUGGUUGAAUGUGAAUAUCACGUGGUGGUCACUUGACUUUCCUACCAAAUGGACAGAAUGACAUCAUGAAGAGGACAGCCAGGCUGCUCAGCUUGAUGAAUACUCAGUGACGGAUCCACAAAAGGGGCUUUGGGGGCCUGCCCCCCCCCCCCCCCCCCUUAUUUUUUAGACCAAACGGAGGCCCAAAGGGCCAAAAAACAUGUUUUUGAGACCCUCCCCCCUUAUCUCAGGGUCUGGAUGACCGUGCCCCCUUCCCCCUUAUCUGAAGGUUUGGAUCCGCCACUGAAAGUUUCAGUGUACAAAUGCUAUUGAGUUUUAAUUCCUUUUAAAGGCUCGACCACUGAACAUUGAUUACCAAACAUUUUGCCAUCUUUUGAUUUUCAUGAUUAGAAAAAAUAAUGUCUUCUUUGAAUUGAGGUUGUGGUGCCUUGUUUUCUAUGUUUUGUGCUUUAUUGCAAAAUUAAUUGUUAAAUCCUUUUUGUUUUUUAGCUGGUGAUGGAGAGCUCUUGCUUGGUGUCCCAAAAGUUAAACUUAUUAGAAAUGAUAGAAGAGAAGGUACAAAAAUGGCUUGCAGUAUGUAGCCUGACUUAGCCUUUUGUUCUCUAUUAUUAUCAGCGUGCAAAGAAAGUAGUGUCCGAUAGCCUGGGGCUAGUGGAUUUUGCUAUCAGGCUAGUGAGUUCUGUUAUUAACUUGCCCGACGGGCAAGUGAAUUUUUUGAGGAAUUCAAAUUACAGAAGUACUGUCAAAUCAAUCUGCUCAUCAAAACAGUUUUGGGGCUAGUUGAAAUGAUAUUUGGGCUAGUAAAUGUUAGCUUCAGCUUGCUCGAAUGGCAAGCUGUAAAAAUGACUUUCUUUGCACCCUGAUUAUUAUCAUAGAAAUUAAUUUAUUAUGUUUUAUUUUCAGUAAUACAAAUCAUCAACAUUGUUUAUUUUAUCUAAAGUAUUUCAUAUAUUUUUUUAUUUAUUUAAUAAUCACCUAAGAUUUUUUGACAUUUUCUUAUUUCUGAUCAUUUUAUUAGGUUUAAUUAGAUCUCGAGUGAAAGGAGCAGAUAUGGCAUCAAGUACAAUAUUAACAUUUCUUGACAGUCAUUGUGAAUGUAAUGUUGGCUGGCUAGAGCCAUUACUUCAUAGGGUUGUUCAGGUAAGGAGGUAUGCUUGUUAAUUUGGUGAAUGCUAAAUGGCUGUUUUUUGUGUCUAGUAGCCAGCCUAGCAAGCGCUUCCAAUCAAGUUAUUGCUUGUUGCUCUCAUCCCAACUUCGACGAACUUGCGCGGAAAUGCUUGCUAUGCAGGCUAUGUGUCUAGAAACUUUGAUAUGCAUAAUGCAUUCUAGUGUUGAAAGUAAGGUUUCAUCUAGUUUAUACUCUACAUGUAGAUGCACAUGUACAAAGUAGGGAGGGAUGCUAUGUCCAAGCUUUGACUUAAUACAUAGUACAUAUGUAGACCCAGAGGAGUCUAAGUAUGUGUUUCACUGAAAAUAGUGAUUAGAGUUCAAGAAGCUUUGCUACAUGUAAUAGUAAUUCAUGUUAAAUACAGAAGAGUAGUUAGGGUCAACCACUGGCUAUAGUGAUUACGGUAAACCACUUACCCGAAGUGGUUACACGUACACAUACACGUAAAUCUCUUUGUAACAAAAUGUGGUCUGGCUGAGCUGUGUUUCACCUUCUCUUCUCAAACAUAUUAUUUCAGGACAGAACAGUUGUAGUAAGUCCAAUUAUUGAUGUAAUCAACAUGGAUGACUUUAAUUACCUUGGAGCGUCAGCGGACAUUAAAGGAGGUGAGGAAUGUUGUACUGCCGUACUUCUGUAUGUGUCGACAGUCGUUGCACUUCAUGCAUUCACUUUAAAUAAACGCAUAACAAUGAGCCCACUGUGUAGCUAAGGUGUCCUCCGCGACCUUAAGCUCUCUACUAGCUCGGCUUGUGUGUAUGGGCUAUGCGGUUGGUGCGCACUAGGCUACACCCUUUAAAACCUACCCCCGCAUUUAUCAGUAUGCGUAUUCUUUACUGUUCUAAAUACAUGCAGAGUUAUUUUCAUGUUCUUGUGCUUUAGGAUUUGAUUGGAGUCUUCAUUUUAAGUGGGAUAACUUAACGCCAAAGGAAAAGAAGGCAAGAAGAAACACACCCAUAGCGCCAAUCAGGUAAGGCAGCGAAUCGUUCAUUUUUUACGGUCGCCCAACUAGUUUAGCUGUUUAGUUAUUUUGGGUGUCCCACUACUGUAUGUACUGUUUAUUUAUUUAUUUAUAGUUAUAUUCUUGUAAAUUCUUUUAGUUGUCUAUAGUAGUAGAAAUAAACUGUUGUUGUUGUAGCCGUCCAGCCGUUCCAUUCGAUAUCUACGAUUCAAUUUUUUUUUUCAGCCAUUCAGCCGUUCACGAUAUCCGUUCGAACGGCUUAUCCACUCGUUUUUUCAGCCGUUUGAACCGGUACCGUUAGGAACGUAUUCGCGUGAGAGGUCAACUACAGUCUAACCUCUCCUUAUGGACACCUCUAUAAUACGGACACUUCUCUAUUACGGACAGUUGUUUUGGUCCCAGAAAUACAGAAAUCAUACAUUCCCUACCUCUAUAAUAUGGACACCCCUGUAAAGCGGACACUUGGUUCUGUCCCUUUAGUGUCCGUAUUAAAGAGGUUUGACUGUAUAAGAUACUUACGGUGAAUGAUCAACGUAAGUGUCAUGUUUUCAUAAAACACUAGCAAUGCCAUGCACAUUUAAAGAAUCGUCCUUCAAAAUAAUUAGAAUGUUCAAAGAAGGUACAUCUGUCAUAUUUUAGUAGAAUACUUGGAAAGUGAACAGUCCAUUAACUUUUCGGUCGUUAUUGUUUGACAGAUGAAACCUGGAGGUAAAUUUUUCAGCUUGUAAAAUAUUCCGGCGCGCGCAUUUGAUAUCUGCCAAGCGCGGACUAGAUGCGGAUUGUUCUAGUCUGCUUUUCUCUCUACUCUUCGGAUUGUUCUAGUCUGCUUUUCUCUCUCGCGGCGGCGAGAGAGAAAAAUGAGCUGUAGUCCCUCAUUUUUCUCUCUCCCCGCCGCGUGUCGCGUUUUCUCACGUGCGGUGAUUUUCACGCGCGCUCGCGUUUCGCUCAAUCUACAAUCCCUGAGGAAAAAUGGGGGACUACUGAUAGUCUACCUUUUCCCAACGUAUCUUUUUUACAUGUUACAUUCGUCCCCAGGACUCCGAUGAUAGCUGGAGGGCUGUUCAUGGUGGAAAAGGCUUGGUUCGAGACGCUCGGGAAGUACGACGUCAUGAUGGAUAUAUGGGGAGGAGAGAACUUUGGUGAGCUUGUUGAUAAAACGAAUAAUAUAAACGUUGUUCACGGGGCCUUUUUUACCCAUUUACUCAUAAUAUGUGUUGACUGUUUGCAGAAAUCUCCUUCAGAACAUGGCAAUGUGGAGGCAGCAUGGAAAUUAUUCCUUGUUCAAGAGUUGGUCAUGUGUUUAGAAAGCGACAUCCUUAUUCGUUUCCAGAUGGAAACGCCAAUACCUACAUGAAGUAAGUUAUGAAUAAUACUGUCGUAAUAUUCUAUUAAUUGCAGUCAAACCUGCCUGGUUUAUGCGGACACUGAGGAACCUUAGACAGUAAAAUUUUAUGUAAAAUGUCUACAAUUUUUCAAGCCAGAACAAAAUUUUAACCUCAGCAUUUGUAAUGUUUGUUAUUUGUUAGCACGUAAAAUUGCUGUAUUGUGGUUCUUUAUGAAGGAAUUUAUUACUGAUUUAUCUAGAAACACCCGUCGUACGGCUGAGGUGUGGAUGGAUGAGUACAAAAGAUUUUAUUACGCUGCUCGUCCGAUGGCUAGGAGUACCAACUACGGCAGGUAAUCAUCUAUCAUUAGAAUGAUUUUUAGUCCAAAACCGAAGCAAAUUAUUUUGCCGCCUAGUCAAAACAGACGACCAAACAAAAGCAUGUAGCCGUCGAAAAGGGCGGGAAAACUGGUUUUUGUUUCACUCGUGAUUGGCUGAAGUGGCACGAGUGUUUUUCAGCCAAUCGCAUCUUGUGCAUUGCAUUGCUACACGAUGUAAUUGGCUAAAAACAUCUCACGUCACUUAGUUUACCUAUUAGAAGAAACAUUGCAAUCACUGGCGAUGCGCACGCACGCGUUUUUCCUUGCGUAACGCCAUCGUGUUGUAUUAAGUUCAGUUUUUACUGGUUUCUAGAUUGGGUUAGUUUGCUAAAACAAUUGCUUCUCCAACCGUUUUUAGUUUUCAACUCAGUCUGAACUGAACCAUAAAACUAAAGAUAAAAUUGACUGAAGAGCACGUAAAGCUGUACAAAACAAUUACUGCUUGUUGUAUGUUCCUUUUCAGAACAGUGCUAAAAACGUUAUAAAUGUAUUUUUAGGAAAGUAGUCAAUAACGACGCCAUGCCCUUUCUUUUCAGUGUCAAGUCAAGAAAAGAACUACGCGAACGCCUAAAGUGCAAGUCCUUCAAGUGGUAUUUGGAGAACGUUUAUCCAGAACUACAGUACGUACAUUUCGUACCUUGUUUCUGGUGUUUAUAGGGAAAAGUGUCUAUGUCUGAUUGAUGCUUAAAAGUAUAGUGGACUGUACUUUUUGAUCGCUGGGAAGCCGCCCAUAUCAUAAACUUUUUUUGCCUCUUUUGUUUUGUUUGUUUGUUUGUUUUUUAAUGUAAUUUGUUUAUAAUCUAUCAACAUAACAUUCAUGACCCAUCCACGGCUUUGGUGGGAACAGGUGCCCUACAAAAGGUGGACUACCUUAUCAAAUUUUUCCUGUGUCUUUAAUGAAACUUUAUUCGUUAAUUUACCUGAUUUCUUCUUCUUCAUGUUUUAAAAUGACGAAAAAAGUCAUUAACAUAUGCCACAAAAAAAGGAAAGUGACACUGCCACUUUGACAUUAUCGAGUCUGGCAUCGCAUCUCAGUUCAACGAAUUCGUAUUCUCCGCAAACGUCUGGAACUACCACGCGGUCGAGGCUCAUGCAUGCCGCGCAAAGGCUCCUGGGAGGACGUUCGGGGUGUUCGCCCAUGAGCCUCGACUGCAAGUUAGUCCUAGUUUGCCGCCGAAAAUUCCAAGGUGGUUUAUUUGAGAUGAACUCUCUUUUAUUACUCGUAUUUUUCUUUCCUUGCAGAAUUCCUGACUCGCAGGAUGUAGCGUUCGGUGAACUCAAACAAGGGAAAAAAUGUUUGGAUACUCUUGGUGGCCAGGCUGGCGGUUCUGUUGGCAUAUUUGAUUGUCACGGCCAAGCAGGGAAUCAGGUAUAUUGUUCAGAAUAACUUCAUCUGACACUCACUUAACAACGAAAUUUGUCGCAUUGUUUGCAUUUAUUUUGUCACAACCUGUAAGAGUUCAGAUUCACUCGCUGCCAGCCUCUUUUUCAAUACGAGGCAAAGAGCGAAGUUUUUGUCAUGAAAAAAGAUUUGUUCUCAUUCAAAUAAAACCCAUUUUACAUGAAAGAUUUAACGAGUGAGGGUUAUUGGAAAUCUCCAGUGGUCUAUUUCCUUUAAAAUUUAUGAAAAGUGUCACCCUCCGUAAGCAACUGAGAUAAGGAAAAGUUUUGUCUUGCAUUUUUCACAGGAGUGGGCUCUCACGAAAAACAACUUUGUCCGGCAUCAUGAUAUGUGUUUAACGUUAAAGGACGCCACUCCAGGGAAACCAGUCAUUAUUGAAAGCUGCCGAGACGGAGAUAACAAACAGGUUGGUACUUCUGUACAAUGGCAAGGGUUUUUUCAGUUUCCUUCAGUCGCGGUGAUAACCAAAACUGGACAUAUUUGGGUUAGCUGACCUCGGGAAUAAAAGCAAGGUAAACUCGGUAUGGGUAAUGUUUUGGUAUUACUGAAACUACAUGGUUGCGAUAGGAAAGAAGCUACAAACCAAUAAAAAACUAAAUCGUUGGUUAACAAACCUAAACAGGAACUUCAUCGAGACUAAUCAAACACGACUAAGUAACUUUCAAAAUACUUCACAACAACACACACAUUUGGAAGCGUCUGUGUCCACGGAAAAGAUCUUCAGGCAACUUUUGUAACAUUUCUUUUCUUUUUCAGGUUUGGGAACACACACCUCAGCGCUUGUUACGUCACAAACAAUCAGGACUGUGUCUGGAUAGUAAAGACGUUAAGAGUGGAGAGCACGUGACCACAGACAGCUGUGAUAACAACAAAUACUCCCAAAUAUGGCAGUUCUCUCUCACUAUGGUAUAACAUUAAUGGUAUUCUAGUAUUCGAAUAAAUCUCUAAUGUACUGUAAAAUAAGACAUUUUUAACCAAAAAAAAAAACAAAACAAGCCUAAUGUUUCCAGAACGGCAAACAGAGGCCUGUUAACGAAUAGUUUAGCCCGCGUUGUAGGCAUUCUAAAGAAUGGAGGAAAGAGGAAAUUCCCGACUGCUCUUAGCUUGCGUUCCCGUGUGCGCAAUUUACCUCCCUUCCCUCCGUCGUUUCCUCUUCCCGUUUCGUGGCCGAAAGUAGGCCGAAAGUAGAAUAGGCCAUUUUGAGUUACAAACACCCUCGUUUUCAAAAGUCUUACUUUAAAAGUUCCUGGUGAAUGUGAGAUUUAUUUGCAUGAGAAUAAGAAUUCAUUUGCGUAUCUAAGACUUCGCACUGUAACUCGUUUUUAGAGCAAAUGGUUGGCGUAACUUGAAACUGGCCUGUUGAAUCGGCAUCCUGAUAUGGGGCCGCGGCUUCCCAACAAAUAUGUUACUUAACUUAAGUUCAAGUUAAAAACAGAAAUAUUUUUCCGCUGUAGUUUUUAAUGAGAAAGAAACGUAUCGAAAAUGUAAAUUCUCUUAUCCGAUCUUACUCUUUUUCAUUAAAAAUCUUUUAUAAGCAAACCAAACGAACAGUGAUAUAGAUAUUUUUUAAAAUUUUGUACAUCAGCAUGUCAGAUCGAUUGAGAGGCAGUUGAAAAAAAUGAUAUACUAUCUGCUUAAAAAGGGUUGUUACGAUCCUAAAGUUUUUAUUGAUCUCUUGAAUUGAUGAAUUACUUCUGAAACGACAGAUAUUGUUCCUCAGCUUGUUUUCUUUUUUGCAGUGUUUAACUUUUCUUUUAUUUUAGGAGUGUUUUUCUAUCGAGUGCAUAUGUUUAGUGUACAGAAUGUCUAAAACUUUUGUAGAAUCUGAAUAAAAAGUGAAUUGCAGC